AUGAGUAUCGAGAAUAACUUGAGCAAGAUGUCGCUCUACGAUGCGAAGAAGUACUUUAGAAAAGCUCAAAAUGUAGUGUUCAACUACACAGAGAUGGAGGCAAAAGUACGUGAGGCAACAAAUAACGAGCCUUGGGGUGCCUCUUCGACGUUGAUGGAACAGAUAGCGCAGGGAACUUACAAUUAUAGAGAGCGGGAAGAGAUUCUUGGUAUGAUUUUUAGGCGAUUCACAGAGAAGACAGCUAGCGAAUGGAGGCAGAUCUACAAAGCUUUGCAACUUCUGGAAUAUUUGAUCAAGCACGGAUCGGAGCGGUUUAUUGACGAUACGAGAGCAAAUCUGUCACUGAUCAAGAUGCUAGAGUCAUUUCACUAUGUGGACUCACAGGGCAGAGAUCAAGGUAUCAAUGUGAGAAAUAGGGCCAAAGAAUUGGUGAUCCUGUUGAAUGAUGACAAUCAAAUUAGAAGUGAGCGGAAAAAGGCCAGAGAAACAGCAAAGAAGUAUAAAGGUGUUGCAGGCGGUGCGCCAUCCUCUUAUUUGCCCUCUUCAGCUAUCAACACUUCAGCGGGAUUCGGUCGUUCGACCAAACACGGUAUUUCCGUGAGUGCAGACUACGAUAGUGAUGAAGAAAACUCGAACCCUAACCAAGGAUCAUCACAAGCAGGGUAUGAGGACCAUCAGUCCAAAGGUGGACAGGACCAAGAACUCUUUUCGGACAGCGCGGCAGCUGCUUCCUCGAAAAACACCACUUCAGGUGGCCAACAAGACGAAGACGAUGAUGAUUUUGCGGACUUUCAAAGCGCUGUUCCUGUUGCUGACAAACCUCAGUCCACGUCGUCAGUGCUGGCUGACCUCUAUGCCUCUGGACCACAAAUUUCAACGCAAUCACCCGCAACUACCGUGUCUGCGGGUACCAUGCCAGUGUUUAGUAGCAUUCCGUCUUCGAAUUCCGUGAGUGUGCCAGCAGUUGCUAGUAAGCCUGCCCCAAAAAAGGAUGAUCCCUUCUCUUUCCUCUUUUCAAGCGCCAAGAAUCAGCCACCUGCUUCAAGUAUUAAAAAUGGAGUAUCGGCCCAUGCAGAGGCCCAGAAGCCCAAUGAAAACGAUGAAGAAGACGAUGAUGGAUUUGGUGAAAUGGAAACAGCUGCACCAAAAUCUAAGAUUUCUACAUCUGCUAAUAAUUCUCACGAAGUAGACUUAUUGAGCUUUUGA